AUGUCAUUCUUAAAUUUUGAAUUAAAAUAAAACACUCAUGAUUACGAAAAGGAUAAAUUAGGUCCAGAUAAAACUUCCAAUAUGAUCAAUCCUAAAUAAGGCUCAAAUAGCGAAAUUUAAUUUUAUUCCGAACUAAGUGUUAUAGAUAGCAGUAGGCCAGUGCAAUAGUCUAGCCUAAUAAGACCUUUAGCAUAAAUAAAAAAAGAAUCCUCAGGGAGAUAACUGAAAUUUAAUAAUUCAUAGAAAACUGUUAAAAUUGAGUAAAGUGGCAACAAGAUUUCCAAUUUUCGUAAAGUGAUCCAUCAGAAUGAAGAAACCAUAAAGGUUGUUUAAACUAAAUUUUUGAAUAAGUUAUUAGAGGCAGCAAAUAUAUGGAGAAAAGAUAUAUUCGAUUACAAUAAGGAAGUUAUCAAUAAUAUAUUUUCUUAUGACACAAAGGAGUAAAAUAAUGGAGAAAUCAUUAAUUCUCAUUAGGGAAUUUUAAGCCUAAAAAUUGAAGUCCUAUUACCUACGUAACUCUUCGUAAAAAUUUGGGAUUUGAUGGCAAUAAUAAUAAUUGCGAUUACAUUAUGGUUUUCCUCAUUCGUAGCUACAUUUGACUUAUUUUAGAAUAACUUCUACAAAAUCGUAAUUUACAUAUUCAUCACAUUCUUUUUUAUAGAUGCUUUUAUAAUCUGUCAUAAGGCUAUCAUUUUACAGGGAGAAUUGAUGUUAGAUAAGAGAAUUAUAAUUCAAUAAUAUAUAAAAGGCCAUAUUUAUGGAGAUAUCAUAAAUUGUUUAAUUUGGAUAAUUUAACUAUCUCAUAUUGAUGAUAUGCAUGCAAGACAAUUGCUCUCAUUGAUCUAGACAGUUUUUAUAAUCAUUAAAUUAUACAGUCGUUUAAACAAUUAUAUCGAUUGUUUAUACAUGAGUGGCAGUUUGAGUGAGUUGAUCGAUUUGAUCAUCUUGAUCAAUUACAUAUUCUUUUGUGUUCAUAUAUUUGCAUGUUAUUGGACAUACAUAGGAUUUGCAACAGAAGAUGAAGGCAUCAAUUGGCUAAUAAAAAACUCAGUUGAAAAUAAGGGACAUUGGGUUUAGUACAAUACAGCAAUGUAUUGGGCAACAAUGACAAUGGUAACAGUUGGAUAUGGAGAUGUGACAGCUGGAAACUAGUAUGAAAUUUUGUAUUCCAAUUUCGCUAUGUUUAUCAGUAGUUUAGUAUUUGCAUAUUCAAUGAAUUCAAUUGGAAUCAUUAUUAAGAACAUCUAAGUGUCAUCAAGUUUCUACAAGAAAAACUUAAUCUUAAUGAACACGUAUAUGAAAAAUAAUCUUGUUUCAGAUUCCAUUUAAAAUAGAGUGAGAAACUUCCUGAAAUAUUAAGCAGAAAAUAAUUAAUAAGCUAAUACACAAGACAUUCAUAAUAUUAUUGAUGAUUUUCCACCUUUACUUUAGGAUGAAUUAAAAUAAGAUAUUAAACUGAGAAUACUCAAAUAAAUUAAACUAUUUGAUAUCUUUUCAGAGAAAAUCAAGUAUGCUGUUGCAAACAAACUGGAAUAUGGUUCAUGCAUUCCUAAUGAUGUGUUAUUUGAUAAUUAGAUCAAUAAUGACAAUUCUCUAUAUUUCAUAGAGAAAGGAGAAGUGAUCAUUUAAGAGAGUGUGACUAAGAAGUAAUUGGAAACGUUUAAAUCAGGGGAUUGUUUUGGCCAAUACUAAUUUUUUACUAAUAGUUCUUUACCAAUAAGAGCAGUGAGUCAGACCUUUACAUAGAUCUAUAAGAUAUCUAGAAGUGAUUUCUUAAAGGUUUUGAAUACUAGUUCAAUCGAUUUUGAAACUUAUCAUAAUAUAAAAGAUAAGUUGCUUCACAGUCAGGAAAUGAGCAUUAUAAAUUAGAAAUGUAACAUUUGUUCUUCAUUUACUCACAUAAAUGUGUUUUGUCCUAAGAUUAGUUAUAGGCCAGAUUUAGAGAGAUUGAUUAAGUCAGAGUACUUUUUGAAAUAAGAGAGGAGAUAAAUCACUAGAAUAGAUAGAUAAAAAAUAAAUUCAUUAGGAGAUUAUGAGAACAUACUGAUUUCAGUAAAUGAAUAUCAGAAACAGGAGUUUAAUCUGUAAACUUAAAACAAUAAUGAGAAAACAUCUUAAGAUCAAAGUGAUAGUUAACUCCACUAAAAUAAAAAAAAUAAUUAAUCUAGUUUAUAACAAUUAGCACGUUAAUAGAGUGAUUAAUGUAAACUAAUUUAAUUAUAUUAUCUUAGAGAAUUUCAUCACUUAAAAUUCCUUAGGAUCAUAGUUAGUUAAACAACAAUCAAAAUAGUUUUUUAUUUAAAAGUCUAGAGAAAUAUAAAAUCUUGA